CGACGCUUCGCUGUCUUUGACGACCAUGGCAUCGUUGUUUCCUAUUUUUUGAACUGCUCACACCGCCCUUCUAAGUGCCAGUGGUCAUUCGCUCCCUUUGCCUUCCAUCUUUAAUAAUCUUAUCUUUAUUCGUGUGGACCUCAUGUCGCCAGUCACGGCAUCAACAUCGGAUAGUGGAGGCGUGACACCAGCAGGCGAACAUACGACCGCCAGCAUCAGCACCACUAACACGACAGAGAGCCAAUUUCCCUUCCUUCCCAGCACUACCGAGUCGAAAAACAUGCCUAGACCUCAAGUACGCAUCGCUGACAAGAAGGCGGAUGUCUUCCUGUACAGAUCCCGCAGAGCGUCACCUCGUCGAGUCGAAAGAAAAUGCAGUUGUUGUAAACACAGAGGAAGGUGUUCUUGUAAAUGCUGCUGUAGAAAGCGAAAGAAGCAUCAUUAUGAGAAGGACUUGACACGCGAUUUCUUCCUCAUCAUUGCACUCUGCUUUGUCGCUGCUUGCUUUCUUAUCUGCUUCAUCCGACCAGUUGCCUUUUCUCAGGUUCUAGAAUCAUAUUUCUAAACCUCAUGAACACAACAACAAAUCGACAAUACAAAUGG